AGCACUGGAAUCUGCAGAAACGACGAUUCAUAUUAUAUUUCUCACGUACUGUUGCUUCCAUGGUAACAUUAGACGGUUUAUCAGUAAGAAUUUAUGGUUAACUUUGUUGCUAUAUAAAGAAUACAGAUUCAGGCUUCAAGGAACACAGCAACAAGCGAAGAAGAAUGGGGAAGCAGAAAUCUAAGGAGGCCACAAUGGCCUCUCUUGUUUCAGCGAUCUUAGUUCUUGUUUCUCUUAUGUUGCCUCUUGAGGCUCAGGUUCCCUACUAUUACUCUUCUCCACCACCACCUCAAUAUCAUCACAAAUCUCCGUCACCGCCACCGCCGGUUUACAAGUAUAAAUCACCUCCACCAAUUGUUUAUCAUUACAAGUCUCCACCACCUCCACCACCUACUUACAAGUACAAAUCUCCACCCCCACCUAUUCAUAUCUCUCCGCCACCGACUGUUUACCAUUACAAAUCCCCACCACCACCUGUUUACCACUCACCAUCACCACCUAUUUACAAGUACAAAUCUCCUCCACCCCCUGUACAUCACUCUUCACCACCGCCAGUUUACCAUUACAAAUCUCCACCACCACCAGUAUAUCAAUCUCCACCACCAUCUAGUUAUCAUUACAAAUCUCCACCACCACCUACUUAUCAUCACAAACCUCCCCCGUCGCCUGUUCACCACAUUCCACCACCGCACAUUUAUCAUUAUAAUUCUCCACCGCCACCUGCACACCACCACCACCACCACCGAACUCCACCGCCGCCCGUCUAUCAUUACAAAUCUCCACCACCACCUAUUCACCACACUUCGCCGCCACCUGUUUAUCAUUAUAAUUCUCCACCACCACCAAUUUAUCAUUACAAAUCUCCACCACCACCUGUUCACCACCCAUCGCCACCACAUGUUUAUCAUUAUAAAUCUCCACCGCUGCCAAUUUAUCAUUACAACUCUCCUCCACCACCUAUUCACCACACUUUGCCACCACCUAUUUAUCAUUACAAAUCACCACCGCCUCCAAUUUAUCAUUAUAAAUCUCCACCGCCUAUUUACCACCCUUUGCCGCCACAUGCUUAUAUUUACAGAUCUCCACCACCGUCUGUAAAACAUCCUCAACCGACUUAUAUUUACAGAUCUCCACCACCGUCUGAAAAACAUCCUCAACCGCCAUAUGUUCACCAUUCUAAAUCUCCACCACAACCUAUUUAUCAUUACGAAUCUCCACCACCAUCUACUUACCACCACUCUUCACCCCCACUUAGUAAUCAUUACAAGUCUCCACAACCACCUAUUUACAAAUAUGAGUCGCCUCCUCCAUCUAUUUAUCUUUACAAAUCUCCUCCACCUCCAUAUCAACCAUGAGAAGAGCUACAUUAGGAAAAAAAGAUAUUUCUUUUGCAGAGGGUAAAACGUGAAGGUUAAAUCCUGUUAUGGCUGAUUGAUGUCUCUCUCUCUCUCUCUACAAAAGAAGAAAAUGUCGUCCCUUUCAUGAUUGUAGCAAAUAAAAUGCGUGAAACCUCCUAAGCUUAUUAGAUUCAUGAGUUUUAUGUUUUGCUUUAAUGAAAUAUUUGAGUUGCCAAUAUGUAUUUGUUCAUGUCACCAGCAAUGCUAUCAUGGGGGUUUUCGGUGAAAAAGAAUCUUUUCUUUUGUCCAGUUUAAGAUAAU